CCAGGACAGCAGGUCUACACUUUAGGGACUUGCUCUUGCACUACCAAAGCCACAAGGCAGCCUUGCAGAAAACAGAGAGAGCUCCAUCAUGCCUGGCUCAGCACGGCUGUGUUGCCUGCUCUUACUGGCUGGAGUGGGGAUCAGCAGAGGCCAGUACACCCGGGAUGAGUAUAACUGCACCCACUUCCCUGUCAGCCAGACCCACAUGCUCCGGGAGCUGAGAACUGCCUUCAGCCAGGUGAAGACUUUCUUUCAAUCGAGGGACCAGCUGGACAACAUACUGUUGAACGAGUCCUUAAUGCAGGACUUUAAGGGUUACUUGGGUUGCCAAGCCUUAUCGGAAAUGAUCCAGUUUUACCUGGUGAAAGUAAUGCCCCAGGCAGAGAAACAGGACCCAGAAAUCAAGGAGCAUUUGAAUUCCCUGGGAGAGAAGCUGAAGACCCUCAGGAUGCAGCUGCGCCGCUGUCAUCGAUUUCUCCCCUGUGAAAAUAAGAGCAAGGCGGUGGAGCAGGUGAAGAAUGAUUUUAAUAAGCUCCAAGAUAAAGGUGUCUACAAGGCCAUGAAUGAGUUUGACAUCUUCAUCAACUGCAUAGAAGCAUACAUAACCAUCAAAAUGAAAAACUGAAGCACCCAGAGUGCGUGUUGAGUCUACUGGACUCCAGGACGCAGAUAGAGCUCUCUAAAUUUAUCCAGGGAUCUCAGCUAGCGGAAGCAACUCCUUGGAAAACCUCGUUUGUACCUCUCUCCAAAAUAUUUAUUACCUCUGAUACCUCAGUUCCCAUUCUAUUUAUUCCCUGAGCUUCUCUGUGAACUAUUUAGAAAGAAACCUAAUAUUAUAAUUUUGCAAUAUUUAUUGUUUUUAACCUGUGUUUAAGCUGUUUCCAUUGGGAACACUUUAUAGUAUUUGACUGUUUAAAGGGAAAUGAUAUUAUCUAAUGGGAGGGGAUGUUCCUUGGGAAGCUACUGAAGUUUCCUUUCUAAGGCUGGCCACUGCAGAGCUGCGAGCUGAUUACCACUGGUGUCGUCUCAGUCUCACUCAUCCCUGAGUUCAGGGCUCCUGAGAGAGUUAUGAAGAUUCUCACGGAUCUUGGGAUGAGAAACCAGGGAGCCCCUUUGAUGAUUAUCCUUGAAACAGCUCAGAGGGUUCCCCUGCCAUCACUCCCCAACCACAUCAUUCUUGAAAGCUGUGGCCAGUUUGUUAUUUAUAACCACCUAAAAUUAGUUCUAAUAGAACUCAUUUUUGACUAGAAGCAAUUCAAUUCCUCUGGGAAUGGUGUACUGUUGUCUGCUUUUGUAGCAGAUUCUAAUUUUUGAAUAAACGGAUCUUACUCAAAUCA